AUGCAGGACUCGGAAUCAGUGCGUCGAGUCUGCGACCAGUCCACAACAAGCGUCCCUCUCCCCACGCACCGUCCGCUCGACAACCGUUGCGUUGCCGACCACUCCAAACAUCCCCGAGACGGAAACCAAGCUUCUUCAGAUCCAGUUCACGAGAAAGCCGCCGUCGCAAGCCCUCCGAGUCAUACCACAAACAUGACGACGUCCGUGACGACUGCAGACACCACUCGCACAACUACUGCGACCGCCCCAGUCUUGGAGGCCUGCCACCAGACCCCAAGCAGUCAAGACUUUGUCGCUGCAUGUCGCCAUCUCGCCUCCUUGGCCAUCGCCAUACCUAGAAUCGACGCAUCCUACAUCGGCAUGCUUCCUCCACCAAGGGGCUCAACUGGCCAUCUCCUCCGAGAGACCUUGAUCACCUGCGUCGAGGCAUAUCUCGAUUACAUCGACAACGAGAGCGACAAAGUAGCGUCACCGCCCUGCAACAACGCCGACAACAAUGUACCUUUUUUCUGA